UCUGCCUCCCUUUUUCACAUAUUUUCGCCUAAAGUUCCCGUUUCACGUGCCUUGAGGACAACGGCCGAGGGCACCAGAUCCGUCUCGAGGCACGGCUGCCAGGCACGUGUCGGACACGCGGUGUCUGAGACAAACCAUUCAAACUGGUCCGAAUCUCGGCUGCCAGAGAUUCCCACUUUUCUUGAAUCCGGUCUGCGCCAAUCAAACGCAGCCCAACCGCCCGGUCCUACCCCUCUUUCCUCCACAUCCUCCCACCACCCUCCACCUGCGAAUGAAGCUCAGACGCCUAGACGACUGUCCGAACAUUAUCGUCUGCUUGCUCGUGUGCGUUGGUCUCUGUGUGUGUGUCAUUCACACUUGCUGUGGGCCUGGGCCAAAUGGGUGAAGGAAAUGGUGUCGGCCAUUCAUAGUAAGGCUGCAGUCUCAAAUGGCGUUGUCUUUUUGCGAAAGAGGCUGAGAGUCAUUUGGCCGGAUGCGCUCCCUCGGGAGACUGUCCAUUCGCCGUUGCUUGGCACGGCUGGAAAGGAGUAG